AUGCCGGACUCCCUCACAAUUCAGCUGGUCAACCAGACCACCUCCUCCAACGUCCACGCCUUCAUCACGGGCCUCGCCAUUCAGCACAACAUGGCCCGCGUCUUCCUCCAAGCCGACGGCAAAGGUCUUUACUUCCCAGAAUCACCUCCCCCAGAUCAAAUCCUACAACCACUCACUCAAGAUUGCGCUAUCCCCCUCGGCGCGCCAGGCAACUCCGUCACCGUGACCAUCCCGCAAAUGGCCGGCGCGCGCCUCUGGUUCAGCGCUGAAAAACAACUGACCUUUUUGCGCAACCCGGGCGGGCCAGGCGGCGGCGCAGCCCUCGUCGAACCGUCGGUGUUAAACCCGAGCGAUCCAAACGCCGAUGUGGAUUUUGCGUUCUGCGAGUUCACGCUCAACAACGACCAGUUGUUCGCAAAUAUCAGCUACGUUGACUUUGUGCCGCGCCUACCCAUUGCGUUGACUCUACAGACCCGCGGCGGCGCGGUACAACACGUCAGUGGGAUGGCGCCAGACGGGCUGGAACGGGUGUGUCGCGGUCUGCGGGAACAAGCAGCAGCGGAUGGCUGGCCAUGGGAUAAGUUAAUCGUGCAGAAGCAAGACGGCCAGCCACCGUUACGGGUCCUCAGCCCAACGCACGGCGCGACAACGGGUGCCAACUUCGACGGAUACUUUGAGCCCCUGGUCGAAGCAGCAUGGCAGAAGUACCGCCAACAACAACAACAACAACCAUCCCCUCAACAGCAACAACCUCCCCCAAAGCACCACCGCUUCCGUCUCCCCCUCAUGGGCCGCGGUCCCUCCCCCCCACCACCAACUCCUCCCCAAGCCCCCACCUCCACCCCCUUGCAAAUCAACACCCAAGCCGGCCCGGGCAUCCUCACCGGCACAGUCUCAACCGACGCUGACGCCGGCCCGGACGCCCCCCUCCUAAUCGGCACAGAACCCUUCACCCGCCCCACCACCGCCGACAUCCUCGGCUGCAACAGCGGGCCCUUCGCCACGGGCCACCCAGACCCAUCCCGAGCAGCCACCCGUGCAGCCAUCAUCCCCCGGCUUGCGGCGGCUUUCCAGCGUGGUGCGAUCUGCGUGACGACGGAACAUCCUUCGGCGCCGGAAACGUUCUAUCCACCCGGAGGAGAGGCGAGGAGUAAUCACUACUGUCGCGUGGUGCACGAGUGUAAUUUGGAUGGGAAGGGGUACGCGUUUGCGUAUGAUGAUGUGCAGCCGGAUGGGGGGGCGGAUCAGAGUGGGAAGGUGAAUGCCGGGGAUCCGGCGGUGUUGAUUGUUGCGGUUGGGGGAGGAGGGGCGUAUGUCGGUGAUCGGAUGCCUUGA